AUGUCUUCAUCAUUUUUAUCGUUAACAAUUAAAUUUUUCGCAUGUCUAUUAUUUUUAUUAUUUUAUUGUGAAUUAUUGAUUUAUUAUCUUGUAUUAUUACGUUGUUCAUGGCCACAAUUAUCAAAAUUACAUCAAGAUUUUACAAUACAAACAUUAGACAAAAAUGCAAAACCCUUACGAGUAUUAUUUAUAGCUGAUCCACAUUUAUUAAACAAACAUGAUGGUUAUUGGUUUGAUAAAUUGAGACGAGAAUGGCAAAUGUAUCGAUCAUAUCAAUCAGCAUUAUUUCUAUUUGAACCAAAUUUAAUAUUUUUUCUUGGUGAUUUAAUAGAUGAAGGACGACAGGCAACAAAUGAUCAAUGGGAAAGUUAUGUAAAAAGAUUUCAAUUAAUAUUUCAUCAUCCACCACAAACAACUGUUCAUGUUAUUGUUGGAAAUCAUGAUAUUGGUUUUCAUUAUACUGUAACUGAUGGUAAAUUAGAACGUUUUGAAAAAUCAUUUUUAGACUCACCAUAUUUGACUCUAAUUACAUAUGAAAAUGUUCAUUUUGUACUUGCAAAUUCAAUGGCAUUUGAAGGUGAUAAUUGUCGAAUGUGUGCAAGAGCUGAACAUGAUUUAUCAAUUAUUAAAGAAAAAUUAGAAUGUUUAGAACAAGAAUCAUCACAUUGUGAAAAAUAUAAAACAUUAUAUCAUAAUCGUGAAUUAAUUUAUACACACCCAAUAUUAUUAACACAUUUUCCAUUGUAUAGAUUAACAGAUGAAAAUUGUACAUCAGAUAACGAGGAUGAUUUAGAUCCACAACGUUAUACAAAACAAAUGAAAGAAAAUUAUGAUGUUUUAUCAAAUGAUACAACACAAAGAUUAUUAAAAAUAUUAAAACCACGUCUAGUAUUCAAUGGUCAUACUCAUCAUUAUUGUUAUAUUGAACAUGUUAAUGAUAAGAAUAAACGUAAUAUCAAAGAGUACACCGUACCAUCAUUUAGUUGGAUUAAUCGAAAUAAUCCAUCAUUUAUGAUGUUAACAAUAACAUCGAAUAAUGAAGAAGUGAAAAAAUGUUAUUUACCACGAGAAUCAACUGUUUAUUGGUCAUAUGGAAUUGGAUUUUUAUUACUUGUUUGCUAUUUAUUAUUAAGUGGUAAAAGACCAGUAUGUUUACAUGGAUUCUGUUUUAUUAUGAGAAAAAUACGAAUUUAA